UUUUUUAAAUCUUACAAAAUCGUUUCCAUUACAGCUGAAAGAUGAAUCAUACACGUUUUUUGAUGGAAUGCAAAAUAUAUAUGAUCUGACUAUCGGCGUAGUUAAAUAAUGGUUGGAUAAAAAGAUAACUUGCAAUCUAGCUAGGUAACCAUUCAGAGUAAAUAGCUAGGUUUAGUUAGUAGAGUAGAGUUACGUGCUAUUUGCUAGUCGAUAGAAACGACUAACUAAUAUAACUAGGUAUCAAAUAGCUAGGGAAGAUCAGGUUUGAUUUCGUAUUAAUUGGAUUACUGAAAUACAGGGCAUUGCCACUGUGGUCAGUUGUCUGGGACCCGACAUUGAAUUGCACUGAACUCUUGUCAGGCAGAGAUGAGCGUUUGAAUAAGGACAGUUUUCUCUAUAAGCCAAAAUGUUGAAUACAAUUAUAUAUUUUAACGUACUUGACCAGUUUUCCAAUACGGUUGGUCCUUUUUUUUGGCGGUAGGAAUGUGAGACAAUAAAUAUAUCCACAGGAAAGUAUAAUUGCAUCAGUUUUUCACAGCGCUGGUGCAUCGUUCAGAUGUAUAUCACAUUAGCUCGAGCCGAAGAUGAAAACACAGCAGCUCGCCCUUCUCCCUGAGUGCUGCCUGCUCCGAAGAACCUCUCGUCUCACUCACACGGCUCUCCAUCACGUGAUCGGGUCUUUCUCACAGGCUACAAGUGAAGACGGACAUAUCGGGGACGCAACUGUGCCCAUCCUCAUCCAAUUCCGAGGACAGAGCAGUGCCACCCACCAGUGCCAUGGCUGGCAUCACUAUCCGAAGAUUUGAGGAAGAUGACAAGGAGACCGUGAAGGAGAUCUUCACCAUGGGGAUGAGCGAGCACGUCCCCUCCUCCUUCAUGCACCUCCUCAAACAGCCCCUGACCCAGAUGAUCCUGAUGGUCACGUUCUGCGCCCUGCUGGCCAGCUCCAAGUCCGUCCUGCUGCCUGUAGUAGGGGUCACUCUCCUCCUGGCCGGGGCCAAGCAGCUGGUGGGCUACCUCUUCAACAGCUACAUCGACACCUCCCUGAGGAAGGACCUCGACCACAUCCAGGAGACCUACCUGGAGAACAAGGACUCGUGUUUCUGGGUGGCUGAGAGCGACGGCCGGGUGGUGGCAAUGGUGGCCUGCCUGCCCGCGGAGAGGGAACCAGGCUGCAUGGAGCUGAAGAGGUUGUCUGUACGUCGUACACACCGGGGGAUGGGCAUCGCCAAGGCCCUCAGCAGGACAGUGGAAGACUUCAGCAGGGAGAGGGGCUUCCCUGCGGUCAUCCUCUACACGUCUGUAGUGCAGACUGAUGCACAGAGGCUGUAUGAGAACGUGGGCUACACACGGGUCAGAGAGUUCGUCAUCCCUGAGCCCAUCGCCAAAAUCACCAACUUUACCCUGAUAGAGUACAGACUGGACUUACUGCAGGGGGGGAAAUAGGAGGACUGGACUUACUGCAGAGGGGAAAUAGGAAGAGGACUAGACUUACUGCAGGAGAGGAAAUAGGAGGACUGGGCUUACUGCAGAGGGGGAAAUAGGAGGACUGGACUUACUGCAGGAGAGGAAAUAGGAGGACUGGGCUUACUGCAGGGGAGGAAAUAGGAGGACUGGGCUUACUGCAGGGGAGGAAAUAGGAGGACUGGGCUUACUGCAGGAGAGGAAAUAGGAAGAGGACUAGACUUACUGCAGGAGAGGAAAUAGGAGGACUGGGCUUACUGCAGAGGAGGAAAUAGGAGGACUGGGCUUACUGCAGGGGAGGAAAUAGGAGGACUGGACUUACUGCAGGGGAGGAAAUAGGAGGACUAAGCUUACUGCAGGGGAGGAAAUAGGAGGACUUACUGCAGGGGGGGAAAUAGGAGGAGGACUGGAGGG